AUGAAACAUAGAGAAUGGGAACUUGUUCUCACGUACCUCGCCCGCAAGCCGACAUUCUGGCGGAUCAUUAAGAACAAGGACGUGGAGGAGUUCAAGUCGGACCCGUACCUAGCGACGUUGCUCAACUGCAUGCUCUGGGUGUUGUACGGCAUCCUCUGCGUCAUAUUCGGCUCGGCAAUGUACGCCUCCCCCCUCACCAUCAUGGGUAAAGUGAUCAAGACCAAGAGCGUCGAGUACAUGCCCUUCUUCCUGUCGCUAGGGAGCUUCCUCAACGGCGUCUGCUGGACAUCCUACGCUCUCAUCAAAUUCGACCUCUACGUCACAAUCCCCAAUGGCCUCGGUGCGUUGUUCGGCCUCGUCCUAUACGCCUGCUACUACAGGCCGACCCCCAAGAAGGAGAAGCGUAAAGCUCAAAUGUGA